AUGGCAUCCCAUUUCCGAGAGACUGCCAGCUUGAGUGGUGCAGGCGACAUCCAGGCUGCAGACUCGCAGGCUUGCUGCCCUCGGCAGUGGAAGGGCUCUGCAAUGGUGGCAAUGAGACAGAAGCAGAAUGACGGAAAGUUCUUCCAAACGACAAAGCGCGGCGAGAUUCAGGAACUCAAAGAAGAACUCCAUGCAAAUGACAAGCAGAAGCAGAAAGAUGCGGUGAAAAAGGUCAUUGCCAACAUGACUGUCGGCAAGGAUGUGUCCGCCCUCUUUGCAGAUGUGGUGAACUGCAUCCAGACAGACAAUAUCGAGCUGAAGAAGCUCGUCUACUUGUAUGUCAUGAACUACGCGAAGGCUCAGCCUGAGCUCGCCAUUCUGGCGAUCAACACCUUCAGAAAGGAUGCGACGGAUCCAAACCCUCUGAUCCGUUCGCUAGCUGUCCGGACCAUGGGCUGCAUUCGGCUCGACCAGGUCACGGAGUACUUGCUAGAGCCCCUGAGAAGAUGUUGCCAGGAUCAGGACCCUUAUGUCCGCAAGACCUCCGCGAUAUGUAUUCCGAAGGUUUACGACAUCAAUCCGGAGUUGGUGGAGGACCAAGGCUUCGUGGAGACCUUCUUGGAGACGGAAAUCCAAUGGCCAACUCCUGAGAAUCUGCGAAGCUCUUCCCCACGCCUGAAAAAGGCAGCAUGUGACAUAAGCGAGGUCGUUGCCAACGCUGUCGCAGGGCUUGCAGAGAUAUCUCAGACUUGCGGCAAGGAUUUGCUAGAUUUAGACAAGGCGAGGAACACUUUUGAAGCUCAGGCGAUCUUUGUAAAGUGUGUGCGCUUUUUAGUCAUCCUGCUGCAGCCAUCAGAAGUGAUCAGUCUUGUGGACAGGGCAACAUCCACAAGCUUCUGGCAGCCCUCAAUGAGUGCAACGAAUGGGGUUUUCAUCCUGGACGCCAUUGCAACGUACGAACCCUCUGGGCCCAACGACUCCGAGUCCAUCACGGAGAGGGUCACGGCGAGGCUCUCCCAUGCGAACCCCGCUGUGGUUAUCGCGGCCAUCAAGGUGAUCCUCAGGUGCAUGGAACACAUUGAGAAUUCAGAGGCCAGUGAAUCCAUCCUGCAAGAACACGACUUGUCAGCUCAGACGCCAGAGGUUCUGCGCCUGCUUGCCAAGAAGCUGAACCCUCCUCUGGUCACGCUCCUCUCCAGCGAAUCAGAGGUUCAGUACGUGGCACUGCGCAACAUCCGAGUCAUAGUCCAGAAGCGCCCAGGCAUUCUGGCAUCGGAUGUGAAGAUGUUCUUUUGCAAGUACAACGAUCCCAUCUAUGUCAAACUUGAGAAGGUUGACAUAAUGUGCAUGCUUGUCAGUGACAAGAACUUCGACCAGGUGCUUCUGGAGCUCAAAGAGUAUGCAUCCGGCGUGGAUGUUGAGUUCGUGCGGAAGUCCGUGCGAUCGAUCGGUAGAGUUGCAGUCAAGCUGGAGCGCGCUUGCGAGCGCGCCAUCAACGUGUUGCUAGAGCUGAUCGAGACAAAGGUCAACUAUGUCGUGCAAGAGGCAUGUGUGGUUGUGAAGGACAUUGCAAGCAUUGUCGUGAUGAUGCCAGACAGUGUGGAGCCUCACAGUUCCGUGAAGGACAUCUUCCGAAAGUACCCGUCUCGCUAUGAGCAGGUGUUGUCCGCCCUCUGCGAGUCCAUGGAGGUCUUAGAUGAGCCGGAAGCCAAGGCCUCCAUGAUCUGGAUCCUGGGCGAGUAUGCCGGCAGGAUCGACAAUGCCGAUGAACUCUUAGAAUCUUUCCUGGAUACGUUCCAUGACGAACCGCUCAUGGUCCAAGUCCAGCUUCUGACGGCAAUCGUCAAGCUUUUUCUGCAGAAGCCUUCGUCUACACAGGACAUGGUGUCCAAGGUGCUGAAGUGUGCCACCGAGGAGUCCACCAACCAUGACCUUCGGGACAGAGGCUACGUGUACUGGCGAUUACUCUCGACGAACCCCGAAUCCACAAAGAGAGUGGUCCUUGGCGACAAGCCAUCAAUUCGGGAUGACUCGCAGUCGCUGGACAAGAACUUGCUUGACAAGCUGUCCAGCGAGCUGUCAUUGAUGAGCAGUGUGUACCACAAGUACGCAGAGGAGUUUGUCACCAGGCUGACAUUGGCGACAACCACGUCAGUAGAUGACAAAGCAGCCCAGGACGAGGACUUCGAUGAAGAGGAUCGACAAGCAAGGCGGAGGGAGGUCCAGGAGGAGCUGGAGCGAGGGCCAGAUGCCUCCAGGAAUGGAACCUCUGCAGGAGGUGGUGGGUUGGACCUACUUGACCUCGGUGGUGUCGGUGACGACAGCCCUGGAACCACCAAUGCGCCAGCACAGGCGGUUCAGAAAGUGGCAGUGCUGCCACCAACACAACCAGGGCAGCAUGGCAAUCAGGGCUUCGCCGUCUCUGCAGCUUUCGUCAGACAAAGGGGCAUUCCGACUCUUCUGAUGACGUUCUCCAAUAGCAGCCCUUCAACAAUGAAUGGCUUCGCCAUCCAGGUGAACAAGAAUCCAUUUGGCUUCGCUCCCAAAGAGCAGCUAGCAUGUCCAGACAUAGGUCCGGGAUCCUCUGCUGAGGUUUCUGUAGCCAUGGCCCCCGGCCAACUUCCCAGCAACACCCCACCAACCCAGCCCCUUCUACUACAGGUUGCGAUAAAAACAUCACUCGACAUUUUCUAUUUCCACUUGCAGUUCGAUCUGUCAGCAGUCUUGCUGGAGAACGCCGCCUUAACCCGGGAGGAGUUCACUCCAGUGUGGCAGCGGGUGGGCGAAGCAGGUCAAAAAGUCCACGUGAUUAGCAUGGACAGACCAACGGACUCGGAGUCGGUGAAAAGCCGGCUUGCCCUAGAUAAUGUCCACUAUGUCGCGCAGCGGCAGGUUGACGAUGGCUCAGUGCUGCUGUACACAUCAGCGCAGACAGUGAAUAGUUGCACGGUUCUUUCCGAAGUCACCGUCAGUCCUGGUAGCAACAGCAUCAAGGUGGCUACUCGAACGGAGACGCAGGUAUUGGUACCUCUAUAUGAGGCCAUGCUGAGCAAAAGAUUUGCUAGUGGCUAG